AGUGCGGUGUUUCUGCUGUUGCGGAGCCAAAAUGGCGGAGUGUGCAGCUGCCGUUCUGGUGUAUUGAGCGCAAGAUGGCAGCUUCAGUGGAAGACGAGUUUGAAGAUGCGCCUGAUGUAGAGCCUUUAGAGCCGACAUUAAAGAAUAUUAUAGAGCAGAAAUCACUCAAAUGGAUAUUUGUCGGUGGUAAAGGUGGCGUGGGCAAGACAACGUGCAGCUGCAGUCUGGCGGUUCAGUUAGCGGCGGUGCGAGAGAGCGUCCUCAUCAUAUCCACAGAUCCCGCACACAACAUCUCAGAUGCCUUUGAUCAGAAGUUCUCCAAAGUGCCCACCAAAGUCAAGGGCUACGACAACCUCUUUGCAAUGGAGAUCGACCCCAGUCUGGGUGUGGCAGAGCUGCCCGAUGAGUUCUUCGAGGAGGACAACAUGCUCAGUAUGGGGAAGAAGAUGAUGCAGGAAGCCAUGAGCGCUUUUCCCGGCAUCGACGAGGCCAUGAGCUACGCAGAGGUCAUGAGGUUAGUGAAAGGCAUGAAUUUUUCAGUGGUGGUGUUUGACACGGCCCCGACGGGACACACUCUGCGUCUGCUCAACUUCCCCACCAUCGUGGAGAGAGGACUGGGCCGCCUCAUGCAGAUCAAGAACCAGAUCAGCCCCUUCAUCUCACAGAUGUGUAACAUGUUGGGCCUGGGAGACAUGAAUGCAGAUCAGCUGGCAUCUAAACUGGAGGAGACGCUCCCCGUCAUCCGCUCAGUCAGCGAGCAGUUUAAAGACCCGGAGCAGACGACGUUUAUCUGCGUGUGCAUCGCAGAGUUCCUGUCUCUGUAUGAGACGGAGCGUUUGAUUCAGGAGCUGGCCAAGUGUCGCAUCGACACACACAACAUUAUCGUCAACCAGCUGGUUUUCCCCGACAGCGAGCGGCCCUGCAAGAUGUGUGAAGCCCGACACAAGAUUCAGUCCAAGUACCUGGAUCAGAUGGAGGAUUUAUAUGAAGAUUUCCACAUAGUAAAGUUGCCUCUGCUGCCUCACGAGGUUCGAGGAGUGGACAAGGUCAAUACUUUCUCCAAGCAGCUGCUGGAGCCCUACAGCCCGCCCAAGAAGUGACUUAAAUGAUUUCCACGGAACAAACACACACCAUCGCAUCCCUCUGGUCUUCACAUCUCCACACACACCUUCAUUUUCCCCCCUCACUUUCUCUUUACUCUCUCUGGUUUUCUGGUCAUGCCAUAAUUGAUGCCGCCAUGAUGCUCUAGUGAUCCGUUCUGAAUGUCGGCCGAGAGUUAAAAGGCCUGUUUAGACGUCUUGAUGGUUUAUGUUGCUUUGUGAUGAUAUAUUUAAGCAUAAGAAACACUCAUUCCUGAUGUGUAUUCAAGAAAGGAGAUUCAAACUGAUUUCAGUGCAGGAAUGUACAUCUGGACUCUGAUUCAGUGGUUGAACAGGAGUAGUAUCAGUGUAAAUGUCUGUCUCUAGUUCAGUUCAGGUUCUGAUCAAUAUUAAUAGACUUUAUUUUGGUUCCUGGACUGGGCAGUAUUGUUGUUAAUUGAGAGGGUCCAAACUUGGGAAGAUGAUGCAUUUAGAUGAUGCAGUUUAAGGGAUAGUUCACCCCCCCAC